AUGACGACUGAUACGAUUAUAGUGACAUCGAAUCAAAAAAACUUCGAUGUCACUAAACCUAAUAUUGUGAAAAUUUUACAAAAAUGGCUAGGUUCCACAAUCCUACUAAAUUAUAAAAUUUUACCUGAUAAUCCAAUUGAAUUGAUCAUAUUAAGAAAAUUUAAAAGAAUCUUAAUCAUAUCUCCAGAUGUGGACAUUUCAAGUUAUGUAUUCACAUUGUUUCAAACUGAAAUCAAGCAAAACAAUAACAAUCCCAUUUUGAAAGACUUGCAAUUUAGUUAUUCUUUAACCAAUACACAUGGAAUAAAAUUUGAUCCAGAUAAUCCUAAUAAUAGCAUAAAUCAAGACCAAAAAGAAUAUCUUAAAUUACCGCCCUCUGAUAAAUUAUUUUUAAUUAGUCCUCCAAGUUCUCCCCCACCUGAAUUUGAUUAUUCAAGAUGUGAAGAAGUGCCUCAACUUACCCCUAACGCCCUUCACAUUAAGGAUCACUCAAACUCUACAAUAUUACAUGAGCUUGAAAGUACAUCGAUCUCCUCAAAACCUAAGAUUUACACUUUACUUACAAGCGACGUUGCCAAUAUCGUUAUUAAUCAGUGCGAAAAUAUAGGAAAUAACGAUAAUACAUAUUCUACUAUUCACCAUAUAAAAACAGCCGUACCCCCAAGAUCCAUAUUUGAUACGGACGAAGAGAUUGCCAGUGGUGAGGAUACUUGA